AUGGCCCUGGAGCUCUACAUGGACCUGCUGUCAGCACCCUGCCGUGCCGUCUACAUCUUCUCAAAGAAGCAUGACAUCCGGUUCAACUUUCAGUUUGUGGAUCUGCUGAAAGGUCACCACCACAGCAAAGAAUACAUUGACAUCAACCCCCUCAGGAAGCUGCCCAGCCUCAAAGAUGGGAAAUUUAUCUUAAGUGAAAGUGUGGCCAUCCUCUACUACCUGUGCCGCAAGUACAGCGCUCCAUUACACUGGUACCCGCCAGACCUGCACACACGUGCCCGUGUGGAGGAGUUCAUGGCUUGGCAACACGCGGCCUUUCAGCUGCCCAUGAAGAAGAUAGUCUGGCUCAAGUUGCUGAUCCCAAAGAUAACAGGGGAGGAAGUUUCAGCUGAGAAGAUGGAGCAUGCAGUGGAAGAGGUGAAGAACAGUCUGCGGCUCUUCGAGGAGUAUUUUCUGCAGGAUAAGAUGUUCCUCACUGGAGACCAAAUCUCACUGGCUGACUUGGUGGCCGUGGUGGAGAUGAUGCAGCCCAUGGCAGCCAGCUAUAGCUUCCUCAAUAGUUCCAAGCUAGCCGAGUGGCGCAUGCGGGUGGAGCUGAAUGUCGGCGCUGGCCUCUUUAAGGGAGGCCCACAGUCAUUAAUGCAGUUGGCACGACUGGGGAUGUUUCAACGGCUGGAUCCGAUGGUCAAGGAGAAUAUUUCUGAGUUGCUGAAUAGGAGCAAGUGA